AUGUUCUCCAAUAUCACCAACGCGCUUGGCAUUGACGCCUCCAAGACUUGCACCCAGAUUCAGAACACAAUUGCCAACAUGGAUCAAAUGCCUGACGGACACGACAUCCGCAGCUACUCGUCCUCUGCGCACGUAGGGCUUCUCUCAGCAGGCACAGUCAACAUGGUCAAAAAAAAUGGUGAAGACUUCAUCGCCACGAUCGCCGAGAAUUCCCUUGAUGAUGACGCUGUUUCAAAGCUCGUGAAAUGGGUCAACACUAUUAUUAGCGCCUCUGAUGCAUGUUUGGAAGUUGAGCUUACUCAUGCAUCCAAAGAUAAUGAGGCCAUAGCAACCAUUCACAUCCGUCCUGCAGCGCAGUGCCUAGGCAUGGAGCAAUAUGUCGACCAUCUCGUAACCCAGUACAAGAGCCACAUCAACGUGCGUAUUCCCACGCUUAAGGAGGACGAUAUUAUAGAGCGUUUUUCCAAUCAAGACCAGGAUGAUAUACUUGAGGCGUUGGCUGCGCGUCUGGAAUAUCUGCGUCGUACGGGUAGAUCCAAUGCAGACAAGUAUGAGUGCGAGAAGUUUCUGAAGGAAAACCAAAAGAUUGCGGAGGUGGUUGACGAGAAUGAGCGUAUCGCGUACUCAAACUACUGCUUCUCUUGCCGAUGGAAUGAGAAGAAUCCCCUUUGCCGUCUCCAAUGA